CGUUAAAUUUCUUUGGAUAUAAUUUAAUAAAAACAACAACAACAACACAAAAACACGUUGUGCUACAUAAUUUUAGAUAAAAGCUUUGAAUUAUAUAAUGGAUAAAGAACUUUUAGAAAAAGAACUUGCCCCUUUUCUUAGUCCAAAUACUAAAGAGGAGCUAAAGACAAUAGCUGUAGAGAACGUGGUUGGUUUAACUGGAACAGAUGAGGGGCGUGAAUUUUUGAAGGGUAGCGAGAGACUUCUUGAAGGACUUGUGUCAUUGACAGAGGACAAAAGAACAGACAUUCGGGAAAGUGUGUUUAAGGCAUUGAUUAAUCUAGCUAGUGAGGAAUCCACAUGCUUGAAGAUUCUGAAUUUAGAAAAGUAUGAAAAUAAGGUUAUUGAGUGGAUAAAAAGUGCUUUAAACCCUUCUUGUAAAUAUGCGGAUAAUAUUUGUAAGUUGUUAUCAAAUUUGACACGGCCAGAGAAAUGUGCAAAUUUUGUAUCAAAACAGGUUCUAGAGAAUGAAGACAUCGGUAUUGAAAAGAUUGUGCGAGUUUUGUGUAAUAUAGUUCAUAAUGACAACGCAGAUUUGCACUAUUUGGGUGCUGUCUUGUCAAAUUUAUCCCAGGUAAGGGAGGUAAGAAGUAAAAUAAUGGAUAAAGAGCAAUGUAUUAUACAGAGGUUACUGCCCUUUACAGAAUUCAAACAGUCUUCUAUUAGAAGAGGAGGUGUAAUUGGAACUUUAAAAAAUUGCUGCUUUGAUACAGAGUGCCAUGAAUGGUUGCUAGGUGACCAAGUAGAUAUAUUGCCACGGUUGUUGUUGCCCCUGGCUGGACCAGAGGAAUUUGAUGAUGAUGAUAUGGACCGGUUACCAGACGAGCUCCAGUAUCUACCCUCGGAUAAAACAAGGGAACCAGAAGCUCAUAUCCGGAAAAUGUUGUCAGAGGCCAUUUUACAACUGUGUGCUACAAAAAGUGGGAAGAAGUUUGUGAAGGACAAAAACACAUAUGUGAUUAUGAGGGAGUACUAUGCCUGGGAGAGGAAAAUAGAUCCAUUAAAUGAAAUAGCUGCAAUGAAUUUGAUUGACAUAUUAAUAGGUGAUGAGCCAACGGGAGACUUUGGAGAGAAUCUUAAGGAAGUAGAUAUACCAGAGGAUAUCAAAGAGGACUUUAUAAAACAAGACGAGAAAGAUAUAGAACUUGCAGAAAAAGAAAGAUUAGAACAAUUAGCUGAGAAUCCGGCAACGUGAAAUUCCUUAUUGUUUCAAGAAUUUGGACAAUCUAACUAUCUUUUAUUUAUAUUUUUAACUCUAUAUUAUCAGCACAACUCUAUUACCAACAUACUCUCAGUAUUUUGUCAUAUGCGAUCAUGCAUACGGUGAGGUAAAAAAUCUUUGACCACAUUCAUUAAAAAUGUAAUGAUCAUUUGAAUUUGUACUGCUUCACACAAAAUAUUGAUUAUUAAAUUCAUCAUUGAAAUUCAGUGCAGACAUAUAGGAAAAAGUAAAACAUGCCAAUAAUAUGGAGUCCCUUGCUACAUUCAGCAAUUCCUUCAUCUUAUUUUGUAUAUUUAAUAUCAUUGCAAGGAAUAUAGAUAAUUAGUUUGUCCUUAACUUACAUGUGGCUAUUUCGUCAUUUCUAGUAAAAUAUAUAAUUUUACCGAAUUUAAAGAAUCAGUGACCAACUAGCUAAAGUCAUUGAUUGAUUUGAGUAACUUGCCCCUCUCAGGUUUGAGUCCUCUUGCAAUGUGAGUAAGCUCCAGUAUAAGAAGAAAAAGGGGAGUAGUUUUAACCAGGUGCUGGCUUUUGUUGGAAAAUUCUAUUCAGGGAGACAUUUAUGCAGUAACAUAACAAUCUUUAUUUCUCUCAAUACAUGUAAGCAUUCAUAUAUGAGGAAUUUACAAUAUAUAUUUACGCAACUUGAGAAAUUCAGACUUGUUUUUAGUACACAUGAUAUUUUCUAGUUUACAAAAGUUUGGUUGUUGAUGAUCGACGUUUUUCAAAAAGCGUUUUCUUUCUUCAAUAAAUUGACAACAUUCAAAUAAAUAAUGAAAUUUGUUGCCAAUUUUGUUUUGACAAUUAGCACUAAAUCUAUUGUUAAUUGGAGUACUAGACCAAUUACCAGUUUCUAUUGGAAAUCAAUAAUUUCUUCUCAAUUUUAUAAAAACGUGCAAUAGUGAACUAUCUAAAUUUGCCA